AUGUACAGCAAAUCAGAAUCAUCUAUUGGAUCGAAAUGGUCUUCUUUUCUAAUGAGUGCCAAUAGGAAUAAUCCAUUGACUUUGAAACUUAAACAAUUUUACAACAGUCAGACAGUAACUUUUGAGGAAUGGAGAAGGAUGUUUAAAUCAUGUAAGGAGAAGUAUCCUUCUACUGUUAGCGAGAUUGCGAAUACUCCUGUUCAUGCUUCUAUCUUUAAGCAACUUUCCCAUCGAGCUUUCUUAUUGGAAAGUGGUUAUUUCGUACGAAAGACUGGAGUGAGCAAUAUCAUUCUUGUUGGUAAUUCAGGAAUUGGAAAGAGUAUGACCUACAAAAACUUUGUUCAAUCAUGCCAAGUUUUCCACCCUAAGGUUAUUCCAAUUUAUUUAACAUACGAACAUAUUUGUGGAAAUGAGAGCUUUAAGAAAACUGUACCAAUUGAUUUGAUUUUCAGUGAAUUGGAAAGGGAACAUUCGUUGAAGAGAAAAAAGUCAGGUUAUAGUGAUAAGCUUCAUGAAUUGUCAACCCUUCUCGAAUCAAGCGACAAGUAUUUAAUGUUAAUAAUUGACAAUGUUGAGAAAGUUUAUGAAUUGAACACCAAAGACUUUCCAAAAGCACAUGCUCAUAUUGCCUGGUUGUCCACUCUUGCAGGGGAUUCCAGUGGAAGAAUUCCCGUAACUCUAAGCUGUUCCAAUUUCAUUCCUUCAUCUGAAGUCAACAUUCCAUUCAAAUCAGAACGUGCAUUCUCCCCAAGCAAGUUCUUGGAAAUUAGACUCCCUUCUGUGAAACCAACCAACUCAAAGAAUAUUGAAGAGUUCCUGAAAUGUAAAUCAGGAAGAGCCAAUGAGAUAACCUUCCUCACAGGAGGAAACAUGAGGGAAAUAAGCAAAUUGUUAGUGAUGGAAGAGUUGGAUAUUUCCUACUCCAUCUCUGAUUCUCACAAGCUUGGUGAUGAUUCAAAUCAAUUCCUUUUAGAAAUUACAAAGAAAAUGUUGGAAAUCAAUACUGAAUUUUUUGAAUCACUUUGUUCAGAUAAUAGAGGAAUAUUGGCAAGAUUAUUUGAUUUCUCACUUUCUAAGGAAAAUAUUGAACUCGAUAUGAAUAAGGUGAGAAAGGCCAAUUUGGAAUCUUUCACUCCAUUGAAGUAUUCUGAAGCCAUGAAGUUGUGGAUAGCCCUGCAGGAAGAGCCAAUUCCAUCUAACUUUAAGCAACAACUCGGAGCUCUUCAUGAUUCAGGUAAUUUAAUCGUGGAUGGUGAUGAAAUUUAUCCAAUUUCUUUGUUUUCACUCUUUCAAUUAUCCAGAGAAUGA